ACACAAACACGCAGGUGAUGUUAGGACGAGGCGGAGAAUGUUCGGAUCGUGCGAGCGAGCGAGCGAGAAAACCGACAUGGUAUAGCGCAGGCAGCGGCAGCAGCCACAGCCAGCCAGCUAGCCCACCCCAUCCCCAUCGGAUAUCACCGGACCUCGACAUGAGGUGGGUUAUUCAAGGUGCAAUCUUGGAAAUAUUGUUGAGAUCAAUUCUCUCGGGCUUUAAGGAACAGGGGACAAAAGAAGUAGCUGAUGAAUAUCUAGUCCUGCUGCUCAUGACUGCAAGAGACUUUGUAUAUAAAUAAAUUUUGCAUUUGCUUUAUAACUAG